CUUUUGUUGCCAACGUGUACUUUCCAAUAUUAUAAUAAUAAAUAUAAUAUAAUAAUAAUAAUAAUAAUAAUAUAAAUACUACGUCAUAUAAAUCUAUUAUGAAAAAUGACAACAGACUGAUACAAUCAUUGCACUCGAGCUGAAAACAUUACAACUGUUGCGAUAACAACAUAUGAGUUGUAGACCUCUAGUCGUGAGGAUAAUAAUUGGCCUAAUAAUAAUAAUAAUAAUAAUAAUAUAGUACUCGAAUAACUUAACGAUGCCAUACUUAAUUCUACAAUAAGGUAAAUAUUAAGUGCUUUGUUUAUAAUGUUCCCUCUUGCAGAUUUAUUUAAAUCAUAGUCGAUGGUUAGCAUAUUCCACGUUCUGCUGCUUUUUUGCGCAGAAAUAAUUGCUAUUAUCAGCACCUGAUGCACCACACAGUAGUAAGUGCUCAUUCGCAAUUUCACAUGUAGACAUUGUCUUUUCUCUGAAAUCUGACCUCAGAUGUCUGUAAGGCUAACUCGACGCGAAACAAAAUUAUUAAAUUAUUUCCUUCUAUUCGUCGUUUGUAAAGUAAAUGUUUAUAAUAUAAGUUAUGAUAAUAAUCACGUAAUAAAAACAACUUUUCCAACCACAACUGCUACUACUAUUUCUAAUAACAAUGCCAUUAACAAGUUUGUUCCUAAUAUGUGUAAGCAAGGUAAAUGUUAUUAUGCAGUACUAUAUAUGUGUGUGUAGGCUAUGUGGUGGGAUUCCUUUAUGAUUUAUUGUAUACAUAAUGACAUAAAUACUAAUUUACUUAUAAAGGCUGUUUAUUAUGUUUUUUAUUCCAGACAUGUUAUUUAUUCACUAAAAUGACAUGAAAUAAUCCAUAUUUCAUAUGGUGGUAGUUUGCUAUUUAAAAAAAUACUUUGUAUGAUCAAUCUGCACUGUUUUCGUUACUGCUUCAGAUUCGUGUAUUUUUAAACUUUUUUUCCUACUAUACUCCCAGCAGAGCCAUGACACUUCGUCUAUACAAAGAGGCGAGUAAUACAUAUUUCAACAUAUUUAAUCAGAUAUAUUUUCUUCCAAUAUUUCAUUGGUUUUAUUCAAAGUCGCGCACUUUGGAGCAGCAGAAGCUUGUUACACCACAAUCUGACCUCGUGAGGUCAAUCCAGACAGAAGGGGAGCCCCUUCUUGUCCAAUCACAGAGCUCUAUCAGCCCCCAAACGUCCGGGUCUCUGACCAAUCAGGAGGCGCAGCGCGGAGUCAGAGGGGACAGCGACCACAGAUAAAAUGUUUGACUUCCAUCCAUCCCCUCAAACCAUCCUCUCAAUCCUCGCAGGGACUGUCAACGACCCGCACUCUGAUUUAAAGUCUCACCUCAGCCCACAUCAGCCUCCGGAUACCCUCCACUGUUUAUCCUGUUUCCUCCAGGAAACUGCAGCGCGUCUGAGAAGGCGACGUAUUCCAACAGACUAAAGGCUGUAUUUGUGGGAUUAAAAGGCGACUAACAAAGGGCAGCUUCGUUUAAAGUGUUACCUGACAGAAAGUCAGGGAUCAUGACAGCGCUUGCAGGAGGUUUACCGAGAAUGAUGAGACCGACUCCUCACCAGAACUAUCCCCGGGGAGGAUACUCUCUGGAAGUCUCCACUCCGCUAGGACAGGGUCGGGUCAACCAGCUCGGUGGUGUCUUCAUAAACGGCAGACCUCUCCCUAACCACAUUCGCCAUAAAAUAGUGGAGAUGGCCCAUCACGGCGUCAGGCCUUGCGUCAUCUCCCGGCAGCUGCGCGUGUCCCACGGCUGCGUCUCCAAAAUCCUGUGCCGGUACCAGGAGACCGGAUCCAUCAGGCCCGGGGCCAUCGGUGGCAGCAAGCCCAAGCAAACCGCUUCUCCAGAAGUGGACAAGAAAAUCGAAGAGUACAAGAGAGAAAACCCGGGCAUGUUCAGCUGGGAAAUCCGAGACAAAUUACUGAAAGAUGGGAUCUGCGACAGGAACAACGUUCCCUCAGUGAGCGCUAUCAGUCGCAUCAUGCGCUCUAAAUUCGGCGGAGUCGGUGAUGAUGAUGAGGAGGAUGAUGAAGUGGUGAAGAGGGAAAUGGAGGAAAGCGAACCACGGACAAAACACAGCAUCGAUGGGAUUCUGGGAGACAGAUCCAGCCACUCAGACGAAGGCUCCGAUGUUGACUCAGAGCCCGGCCUGCCUCUGAAGAGGAAGCAGCGUCGCAGUCGGACCACCUUCACAGCAGAGCAGCUGGAGGAGCUGGAGAGGGCCUUCGAGCGCACGCACUACCCCGACAUCUACACACGGGAGGAGCUGGCACAGCGGGCCAAACUGACGGAGGCUCGAGUUCAGGUGUGGUUCAGCAACAGAAGAGCCCGAUGGAGGAAGCAAGCAGGAGCCAAUCAACUGAUGGCGUUUAACCACCUCAUCCCGGGUGGUUUCCCUCCGUCAGCUAUGUCCGGCCUGCAGCCCUAUCAGCUGUCCGACAGCCCCUACACCCCCACUUCUAUAGCUCAAGCGUCCGAGCAGCCCAGUACAGUCCACCGACCGCAGCCUCUGCCCCCCACCUCUGUGCACCAGACUGGGCUUGGCUCGUCAGCGGGCGCCCAGGAUGGAAGCUCUGCGUACUGCCUGUCCUCUGGACGUCACGGCUUCUCAGGAUACUCGGACAGCUUUGUGGCCCCGGCAGGACAUGCCAACACUGUCAACCCAACCAUCGGCAACAGCCUCUCACCACAGGUAAUGGGGCUAUUGAACCCAGCUGGAGUGCCACAUCAAUCUCAGAGUGACUUUGCCCUCUCCCCGCUGACUGCAGGCCUGGAGCCUAACGGUGGCAUGGCCGCCAGCUGUCAUGGUUCCCAGCGCCUGGAGGCUCUACCAGGCCUGACCAGUAUGCCCACCCUGCCUAGCACCCAGUCUUACUGCCCACCGUCUUACACCUCCCCCGCCUACGCCAUGGACCACCAUCCAUCCUACCAGUACGGACAGUACAGUCAGAGCAAGGUGCCUUUCAUUAUAUGAAGCCCCUCUGACACGGCCUGAACAGGAGGCUUCCCCGACCAGUCUGACAUUCAUCGCCAGAGAACACCCCCACCCGCUGCCCUUCCCCAGCCCCGAGGACAGCAAGAGGGAGCGGAUGGGUGAUUGAGGUGUCCUCCUUCAGCAAGGGAGCCAGUUGAGAUGGAGGUGUAGUGAUGG